AUGUUCGACGCGACUACGUAAGGUAUUCAUCCUGAAACCUUAUCGGCAUCAACUGUGUAUAAGGCCGCAGAUCGCAAGAUGGCGUCUGUGACUAUGUGUGAUGACUCAGGUGUAGGACGCCACAAUGACGCAGUACUACAGGCCGCCACUCUUCGUAUUUUGAUUUUUAGGCCGACGAGCCAAAUUCCAUCUAAAGUCCGCAGCUGAAGCACCUAUAGCAGGUCAAAACGUGGUUGUACCAACUGUUGUAGCAUCCAUCUGGCGAGCAAAUGCAAGAAUCCUUUUGUCGGGUCCUGGGAUCCAUCGUUGUAUAUAAAGGGAGAGGAAUGCCCCUUGCUCAAGAAGGUCUAAAUCUCAAAAACAGUACUUACUAACGACCAAGCAUUCAUCUCAUAUACACCAUGUCCGACAAGUCUAUUCUUUUGAUCACUGGCGGGAACACAGGUCUCGGUCUAGAGACUGUCAAGGCAUUGGCCAACACGAAGACGGGCAAAGCGUUUCACAUAAUCAUCGGCAGUCGAAAGCUUGAAGCGGGUGAGAAAGCCAUCGCCGAAGUUCAGACCGAGUUCCCCAGCACCAAGAGCACCUUCGAGUCGAUAUCUAUUGAUGUCCAAGACGACGCGAGUAUAAGCAAGGCCUUCGAGCAUGUCAAGUCUAAGUUUGGACACCUCGAUGUUCUCCUUAACAAUGCCGGGGCCGGAUUCGACCAGGAAAUGCUGCAAGGGAAGAUUAGUAUGCGUGAGGCCUGGAACAAGGCAUACGACAUCAACGUUACAGGAACAUCUAUCAUGGUCCACACAUUCUUACCCAUCCUGCUCAAAGCCUCCGAUCCGAGAAUCCUGUUCAUCACAAGUGGAACUUCGACGCUCGCCAAGAUGGCCGACAGGACGCUGAUAAAUUUCCCCCAAGUUGAGCCUGGCUAUCCAAAGGACAUUAAAUUCUCAUACCACUCGUACCAAGCAAGUAAAACCGGCAUGAAUAUGAUGUACCUGCACUGGGAACGGCUGCUCGAAAAUGACAACAUCAAAUUAUUUGCCGUAUCGCCGGGAUUUCUCGCAACAGGUCUUCAAAGUAACGCUGGCUCUAAAGAAGAGAAUGCAGCUGCCUUGAAGAAAAUGGGGGCUCUAGAUCCAUCUGUGGGAGGUGAGACUGUCCGAAUGGUCGUGGAGGGUGAACGUGAUGGUGAUGCUGGGAAGAUUGUUCUUAGGGAUGGAGUGCAAGCAUUCUAGAUGCCUGCAAGUAUCGAGAGUGUAUACCCAAGUAUUUUAUAUAUACCUAAUCAUAUUCAAACUCUCCGAAG